AGUCUGUCAAACUCACCGAGCUCUCAGUUAUCCAUCUACUCUACGCCGUCAGUGCUGUUUAACCUCACACACCCUCCUGUGUUCAGAGCCACCAACCACGUUUGUUCAUGGAGGCUGGCCACACGCCGCUGUAUCACGGCUUCUAUACACUGUGGAUUAGCGAUGAAACUGGGAGCACGUUGCUGUCUCCUUAUGCUUGGGAUCGUUGAGAACUUGUACUCAAUAGACGCUAGAAAAUCUUGGCAAGAUAUCGUGUGUCCUCGAGGUCAGUUCCGGUGUGGGUCAGGAGAGUGCCUGGACAACGCGCUACAGAAUGACAAGAAGAAAGACUGUAAAGAUGGCUCGGAUGAAACAAUGGAAGAUGACAAGGGCCAGGGGGAUUACUGGAACACCAUCUACUCCAAACGCCCAACAGCUAACGAUGAUAAGCUGACAGACGCAUGCGGAUUAAAUAAGGUGCCCGAAGGAUGCCAAUGUAGAAACAAGACCAUUCUUAAAUGUGGGAAUGCGCACCUCUCGUCAGUGCCUUCGGGGCUCUCGAAGGACGUGAAAGUCUUAGAUUUGUCGGGCAAUCGGAUAGAAGUUGUAUCCCACAGCGAUUUUAAAGACAUGCAGCAUCUUGAGGAGUUAAUAUUCAGUCACUGCUACCUAGAAGAAAUACAGAGGAAGGCCUUCAACACAUGCUCAAAACUACGAAAGAUAUACCUCACAGACAACCUGCUGGGGGACCUUCCGCAGGACAUGUUCCCAGAGAACAAUAACGUUGAAGAGUUGUAUCUGAGCCACAACCGUCUGACAAUUCUUAAACCUGAAUACUUUGACAGGCUUACAAAGCUGAAGCAUUUAAAGCUUGAUAACAACCUCAUCAGAGAUAUAGUCCCGAUGACAUUCGCAAAGACAGGCAAUUUGCAGUCGUUGUUACUUGAUGGAAACAACCUAGACAAAAUCGAACACAACUAUUUCGCUGACUUGGGUAAACUGCAGACGUUAAUCAUAUCCCGAAACCGAAUUGCAUCCAUAGAAUCCAGUUCCUUUCGUACCCUGAAGAGUUUGAAACAUCUAGUCCUGUUCGGCAACUUCAUUUCGAGCCUUCGUUUGAACACAUUAUUAGGCCUGACCAAUCUCACGCAGCUAAAUCUGAGGGACAACAGCCUUAACUAUAUAAUAAAGGGCGUUUUUGAUCCUCUGCAGAACAUAUCCUCAAUAGACUUGAGAGAUAAUCACUUCCGGGGGGUUCAGCCAGGGACUUUUGACGAUCUCUCGACAUUGAAGUACAUAUACUUCGACCGUUUUCACCUGUGCGUGUACGUCAAGAACAUCGACGUGUGUGAACCUCGCGGGGACGGCAUCUCCAGCAGGGAGAACCUCUUGGAAAACAUCAUCCUCAGGGUCACCGUCUGGAUCGUCGCAAUCCUCGCCUGCUUCGGCAACUGCGCUGUUCUCAUGGGCCGUUUCAUCCUGAAAGAAGACAAUCAGAUACAUUCCUUCUUCAUCAAGAACCUCUCGAUGGCGGACCUUCUGAUGGGCAUCUACUUGACGGUCAUUGCUGUCCACGACAUGAGGUACAGAGGACGCUACCUCUCCUUUGACCACACAUGGAGAGACAGCUGGGGUUGCGACGUCUGCGGCCUUCUCAGCACCGUCAGCAGCGAGGUGUCGGUCCUCACUCUCACAGUCAUCACCCUGGACAGGUACCUCUGCAUCAUGUACCCUCUGUCCGAAAGAAGGAGGCACCUACGACUUGCCUAUGUUCUUAUGGGAUCCAUCUGGUUGUUUAGUCUCGCUUUGGCGACCAUUCCCAUCGUUGGCCUGAACUACUUCGGGACUUACUUCUACAGGAACAAUGCUGUCUGUAUCCCUCUGCUGCUUCAUGAGCCGCGCAACAGUGGAUGGGAGUACUCGGCUUUUAUUUUCCUUGGAAUAAACAUGGUGUCUUUCGUGUUUAUCGCGUAUGCCUAUGUGGCGAUGUUUGUGUCCAUACGGAAAUCACGUAUGUUGUUCCGGUCAACCAAUGAGAAUCAAGAAAGGUCCCUGAUGAAGAGGUUCUUCUUCAUUGUCAUUACUGACUUCGCCUGUUGGGUUCCAAUAAUUGCACUCAAAGUGGCUGCACUAAUGGGCUUCAAAAUCCCUGGCUACCUGUACGGCUGGGUGGUCGUGUUCAUCCUACCCGUCAACUGUGCUCUGAACCCUCUUCUCUACACCCUCACCUGCACGAUGUUCAAACAGAAGUUUCUGUACAGCCUCUCCAACUUGAUGUGGAGGAAGAGCAUGUUCGACUCCAAUAGCUCGGACAGCUCCACCUCCAAGAGCAGGCUCUCACGGCGGAGUAUGCCGGACAUCGAGCUUGACCAGUGCGCACUCAACAACACAUGGACAGGCAAGAUGAAGUACAAAUAUUCUCACGGCCGGGUUGUCUAUCCUAACUGGAGUGGACAACAGUAUACGCCAAGCGGGUACAGACCAGUGAAGCUGGCGAUAUAACCUUUGCUAUAUCAAUGACGACAUCCUAUCUGGGAAAGAAUGUUGUUCGGCGGUGUAGGUGGUGACUUUUCUGAACGGUGCCCAAGGAUUUCAAGAACGCACAUUCUGGACUACAUCACAUUUAAUUCUUUUCUUUGAGCGACCAAUGAAAACAAUUAUUAUUUUUGUAAACAUAUACAGAGAUAUCAUUGGUGCACGUGACUACAAUGGAAAAGUGGCCGGCCAAAAGUGUUCAGACUUUGAAGAAUUCCGCAUAUUAUGGAUCAGUUGAUGACUUGAGACGAUGUGUUGUAUACAAAGACUGGUUGUGCAUAGUGAUAGUGUCUUUUGAAGAGGCCGGUGAAAUAAUGUACAUUGAAAUAGAGCGGCCCUGGAGAUAGGGCAUUAUUUUAUUAACAAGUUAACGCGUGACGAGUCAAUCGUUAUAUUUUAUUUGCUAUGAUUGUUUGCUAUGAACAUGUUAUCCAGGUGAUGUGUCUUGGGUAGCCUUAGACAUUGUUUGUCAAUAUAUCACACCAUUCAUUAUACUCAGUUGUACCAAAACGAAUUCGAAAUUGCCAUGGAUCGUAAAGUUUUCGAAUUUUGCUCACGAGGACAUGCUAUUACACUGCUUAAUGUAUUCAAACUCAAAUUAACCCAUACAUAGGCGUAUUGACAACUUCAUUUAUCACACACUGUAUUACGUACUGAUCAGACUUAUGAAGACACGCAGUUCCUAUUAUUUUUGUAAUGUUAACAAGUGAUCACUUAUCAGGCGACUUUGACAAAUAGCUUCACUCCUAUUAUUACAAACGCCCAAAUGAUAAUACUGGGUUUGACAAUAGCCUUCAAUCAUUCUGUCAUGACCGUCACACAGGUAUGUGUGAAACUGUUUAGCCGAAUGAAUUAUGGUUAUUAUUAUUUUGUGUUUAACCUUCCCGGUUUGUUAUGUUCUUAUCAUUCCACGUAAGCAUCAAUGGAGCACAGUUCUGUUCUGUUCUGAAAACUAAAAGGAAACAAAUUUGACUAACUUCUUUUUAUUUUCAUGUUGGACCACAAUAAUUUGAUAAUUGCUCCUUUGGUUUGUCAACACAUCGCCUGUGCUUGCUCCAUCCCUCAUCAUGCUGACAACCUUUAAAUAACUGAAAUACUGAACAAGAACGAACUCACUCACUCUUGAAUCUCUUCAUCCUGUACCCUGACAUUGACAUUUUACUAUUUUAUCCAUCUUGCAUAAUCUGACUUGCCGUGAUAUAACUGAAAAAUAUCCAAAACGUCGUUAAACCCACUCACUCAUUCAUAUUAUUUAAAACGGACAUUGACAAUACCAUUAAUUAUUUUCAUCUUGCAUAAAGUAUGGCACUUUUUGAGCCCUGCUCUGGUUCAAGGGCUGCAAAAACGCCUUGAACAAUAAUAUCAAUCACAUCUUAUCUUUCAAGAUUUUAUGAGAUAUUUACAAAGUCACAUACACUGAGAAAAUAUAUUCUAAAUCCAUAAAUUCCCUUCCUAUCCUUGUAAAAGCUCUCUCUUCUAAACAAAGUUGUUAUGGUCCUACAUGUAUUUAUCAAUCUCACAUGUACCUUUUUUCGGUUUUGAUAACGACACAUGAAAAGGGUACGCAGUUUUUUGUACAGAGUGACGUCACUCAACCGUGCCAGGGCCCGCGUUGGUCGUUGGUUUGAAUCCCAAAUUAGACCUGAUAAUGAUCCCUAGAUAAUGAUAAUGAUCCCCAGUUUGCCAGAACCUUACCCGUGCUUGCGGGUUUAUCCAAACAGGUAAAUACGCAUGACAUGUAUCACUUUAUAACUUUCCGUCAGCAAUCGAUAGCCCCAUGGUAUAACAAUGGUAUGCGUUUGACGAAAAUGAUAAAAAACAACAUUUAUGUGUUUAACGUUUAUGGGACACUUUACAUAACCUAAUGGGAAAAAAUAAUCGAAUCACGGUGACAUCAUGUUUCAAACUAUUCUGCUGUAUUUCGCUAAAAGUGGCUGAUGGUAUUUCCAGCUGUGCCACAUUUCCCGACGCCUGUACAUGUCUGUAAGUUAAUUAAGACGGAUCAAUAUUAACUUCCACACAAGCCUAGUUUAAACUUGAUGCCAUCUCAAAGCACUCGUAUAGCGGACAUACUUGAGCACGAUCGCCGCCUCCACGCCCGACAUUUUCAUUUACACAUAUAUCUCUCUCUCUAUAUAUAUAUAUACGCAUCUGAAACGUGAUUAUAUAAUCAUCCCCAAAAGUAAAUAUAACAUAUUUUUAUUCAUUAUAUUGUGAUUUAGUAGAAGUGUGUCGUUCAUGGUGGGUUCGAAUCCCCGUUCGCACUGAUUAUGAUAAACGUCCAAAACCUGCAGCCCUUUCCUCCCAAGCUGACUUGCCGUGAUAUAACUGAAAUACCGAUCAAAGUGGCGUCACUCACUCACUCCCGGGCGGUUCCUUACAUAUUUAAAACUGUGUAGGUGUUUGAUGGUUCUAACGAUGUACAGCUUUUAAAGAACUGAUAACCAAUCCCUGUAUCUUUAAAAUGUUAUGGUAAAAUGUAUAGUUAUAUCAUUUCCAAUGAUACAUUUUAGGUGCCACCAGGCAUUUGUGUCCGACUAACCGUCCUUGUCUCUAGACAAGAUGGGUGUUGGGUAAGUUGGGUACUUUUCCUUUGCCUUUGUCUACGAGCCAACGUUAUAUGCAUUGGCAUUGUGUUUCUUUCAGUCUUGUUUCAGUCACUGAAACAUUUGGCUUGAUGUUUCCGACUCCCUGAUGUAUUUGAAUCUCUCUCAACAGAUACUCAGUACACACACCAGUAAGCACUACGUCGUAAUGAUGACAUCGUAAUUUAGAUAAAUGGUUAAGUUUUUGAUAGCCAUUCAUAACGACAUGAACCUCUUUGUGGACAUAAGUUCUUUAUUCUAUGAACAACGUUUCAGGGGUAUUUCUUGUCCCUUCAUCGGGUGAUGGGAAGUGCCAGAAUCACGGAGUAAUGGUUGUCAAAAAGGGAAAGGUUUUUUUUACAAUCACUAAAUUUGAUACACACAGAUAACAGUUGUCCUGAAGAGAUCGGUGUUUCACAUCAAUGUCAAAGCGUUGUUGAAUUAUUGCAUGGUGGAAUUUAUACAUGCAAGAAAUAUGUAGACAGGACUGAUUUCUUACACGGGUAACACUUACCGUUCGCGUCUCAUUCUGCCUUUAACACGAGUGUCAAAGCGUACGCUGUGACUGUAAACACGAUUUGGGUCGAUUGUUGACAAAUAGGCAUUAUCUUUAUAAUUAUUAUUAUUUUUAUUUUUUUUAUUAUAAUUAUUAUCAUUAUUAUUAUUUGCUGCAUAUCUAAUUAUAGAAAUUGCUGUGGUUGUAUAUACUCACUGUCAGUCAUAUUUUGAAAGGCCUGAUGAGAAGCAAGAAGCGAUAAUAAAUCUGUGUUACGUUGAUAUAAUUAUGUAUAUUGUUGGUUAAUAAA